UUGAGCACUAUUGAAUUUCAGCAACACAUCUCAUUAAAGAAAAUAACACGUCAAUCGUUAACACCAUGUAAUUUUGAUAAAAAUGCGAUAAGUUUAUCUGAUUAGAUAAGCGACUUUCUGCACCUCAGCCCUGGUAAACAGGCAGAAGAACGGUGAUAUUAUCUACUCCGUGCCAUGACUGAGUACAGAUAAAAGAAAAGGACAAACAGUCAAUCCUAAGGAAAGAGGAGCUACAAGGAAAACCAACAUGGGAUGUAACGGUAUCAAGGAGUAUUUCAGACGCUGCAAAUGGGGGAUACCGCUCCUGGCCUUUUUCAUAGGUAUCGGAUGCAUAAUCACAGCUGCUUUCGUUGGAUCAACGUUUCUGACCUUAUUUUUCGGGCUCUGCACUGCACUCUCCGGGUCUACUGCCAUCUUCCACUGCCAUCAAGACAUUAAAGUCCUCCUGAGACACAGUGAUUCCAGAAGGAGCGACCAGACACCAAAUGUUACCUCCAUGAACCAAGAGGUUGUGUGCCCAAAGUCCAUCAUCGUCCCUACAAUAUCAGGAUCAAUGAAAAAGGGCAAUCCACUGGGAAGAGAUAUUCCUCCAGAUUAUGACGAAGUCGUGGGAAAUUCUCCUACUCUUCUGGGCAAGAUGUAGUUUCUAGUACUUUCGGUGGUAAAAUCUGUGGGUAGCUGUGUUCCUUGAUGUAAACCUCUUUUCACUGAACCGUCAAAAAUAUUAUUUCUUAUCGGCCGAUCGCAGAUGAUUAUGGUCGUGAUGUCAGCACUUUAGUUCCUCCUCUUGGAAUCGGCAUAUAACUGAAAACAUCCCCCGAAAUGGACACAGUAACUUGGACCGGGAGCCUUUUUUUUUUUCCCUAAUUCUUUGUUUACGGUGACGAUUCGUGACAUUUUCUAAUAUAGGCUUACCUGAGGUUGAUGGAUUCAGGGAUCAUAAAAGAUAUCUGGUGUUACCGCAGGGGUUAAAUUGAUAAUUAUGAAAGGUGCAAUUUUUUUACAUAUCAGGUGGACACUUCCUUAAAACUAAGUGAUAUUUUCCAUAAACUAGAUGAUGCUACAGUGAGAACAACCGUUUUGAUUUAAAAAGUAUUUUGAUCAAACUAUAUAGCCUAAGCAUAAUUGAAUAAUUAAGUGUUCUCUGUGAAAGAGACAAAAUUAACUCUUUUCGUAGGCUAGGCAAAAGUCGGUGUUCACUUACUAUCUCUUCAUUUAUUUAUACAUAUAAAGAUGGAAGCUCUUCGUAUUUUUCGGCUAAAUAUUUUAUUUGAGAUAGACUAACCUGAUGUACAUGUGGGUGCAUAUGUGGAGGUAAUAUGACUGUUCAUAUUUAUGUUACGAAAACGUUUUUUUUUCUACAAAUUACUGUCUGAUACGAUUAACGCUGCUUUCAAAAUGGAGAUUGUUUACAUUUGUACCUGUCACUGGAAUAUCUUUGGAGCGGUUCUCCUUUUUCUGGUUGUUUUCUAUUCAGGUUAAAUUUUCCAUUCACGAUCUACUAGUAGGUAUUUCUUAUUUCGUUACAUGUUUAUUUCAACAUUAUAUAUACAACAUUACACAUAUACGCCUUUCUUAAUAUUAUACUUAUAUAUGUUUCUCUAGCAUGAUUGAUAAUUUUACUUCUGUUUCACUGUUAUUUAUGAUGAAUGAAAACUUGUUGCCUUUGUGCGUUGUAUGCAACAUUUUGAAAAAUGAACAUGGUGCUAAUCUUUUUUAUAUGUCUACCAGUUCAGUUCUAUUGAUUAAUGAAAGGUUUCAUGAGGAAAAAUGCCAAUAAAUAAUUAUCUGUUUGGUAAAUUAUUAUUUUAUAUACAUAGUAUACCAUAAAACUGAUUGUUAUUUUAUUUAUCAUGCUAAUACGAGUAAAUGCAUUAAAACAUACAUAUAUA